ACCGGAAGCGAGUGCCGAGGCCGCCCGCGGGCCUCCUCCCGCCCCGCCCGUCGCCGGCCCCGCUCGUCGCGGCCCGGUACCAUGCUGCCCCUCUCCAUUAAGGACGACGAGUACAAGCCGCCUCGGCUCAACCUGCUCAGGAAGGUGUCGGGAUGGUUCAGGUCUAUCCUGGCGGACAAGACCUCCCGCAACCUUUUCUUCUUCCUCUGCCUCAACCUCUCCUUCGCCUUCGUGGAGCUGCUGUACGGCAUCUGGAGUAACAGUUUAGGUUUAAUAUCAGAUUCUUUUCAUAUGUUUUUUGAUUGUACUGCUCUCCUGGCUGGACUAGCAGCUUCAGUUAUUUCAAAGUGGAGGUCAAAUGAUGCUUUCUCAUAUGGGUAUGUUCGAGCAGAAGUACUCGCUGGUUUUGUAAAUGGUUUAUUCCUCAUCUUUACAGCAUUCUUCAUUUUUUCUGAAGGUGUUGAGAGGGCACUGGAACCUCCUGACGUGCAUCAUGAGAGACUUCUUCCAGUUUCUAUACUGGGAUUCAUUGUAAAUCUUAUAGGAAUAUUUGUUUUUCAACAUGGAGGUCAUGGGCAUUCACAUGGUUCUGGGCAUGAGCACAGCCAUUCUCUAUUUAAUGGAGGUCUCAGCCAUGGUCACAGUCACAGAGGUCAUGGUCACAGCCAUAAACAUGGACACACUCAUGAUCAUGGCCAUAGCCAUGGACUCCCUCAUGGUCAGGAGUAUUGCCAUGAUGACCAUUCUCUUGAAGGGAUGACUGGUUCUAGCAAGCAGAUCUUACAAGGUGUAUUUCUACACAUUGUUGCAGACACACUUGGAAGUGUUGGUGUAAUCAUAUCUGCUAUACUGAUGCAGAACUAUGGUCUAAUGAUAGCAGAUCCUAUUUGUUCAAUGCUGAUAGCAUUACUUAUAGGUGUAAGUAUUGUUCCACUUCUAAAAGAAUCAAUUGGAAUUUUGAUGCAGCGAACUCCUCCAUCUCUGGAAAAUGCCCUGCCUCAGUGCUAUCAGAGGGUGCAGCAGUUGCAAGGAGUUUACAGUUUACAUGAUCCACACUUCUGGACCCUCUGUACUGAUGUUUACAUAGGGACUUUGAAAUUAUUAGUAGCUCCUGAUGCUGAUGGAAGGUGGAUUCUAAGCCAGACUCACAAUAUUUUUACUCAGGCAGGAGUAAGACAGCUUUACGUACAAAUUGAUGUCGCAGCCAUGUAGUGAGCUUCUGAAGUUGUGCUGUUGGACCAAAGUUUUUUGUACUGUAAUGGUAUAAAACAAGACACUUCCCAAGACAGAGCCUGCCUCUAUCACUGGCCUGGAAUUGACUGAAUAGACUUUUGUCCUUGGGCUAUGGAUGAAGUUGACUUCUGAGGAGUAAAUAUGGAAUGAAUGUUAUGAACUCUGGGUCUUGUCUUUUUGUGGCCCCCUAAACUUGUAAGUUUUUUGAAGGUUUUUUACUUACUACGUUUGUUCCAAUAGGAAACUAAAAUGGUGGUACUGGAAAUUCUGUGACGUCUUCAGUAAAGCUGCUGAAACCACUGCUCAUUCCCAUAAAACCAGUGUUAUCAAAAUUGGAGACUUGUACAUAAUGUCACAAUGGCUGACAUGCUUCGAUAUAAUUGUAUGUUUGUACAAUUGUUUGUACUUUGCAAACUUAAUGAACCAAACCAUAUUGGGUUUUCAAAGUGCCUUUUAUAUCAUGAGAGGUAUUUGCCAGCAUAAAUAUGAAGCAUCAAAGGGUUUUAUUACUUCUACAAAUAUAUCUUGUAUGCAGUCUGAUUAUUUACUAGUGAUGUAUGUGGGGACUUCGUAUACUUGUAUAACUGUAGAUGUUAGACUUCCCUUAUUAUUGCAUUGUACCAAACAGGAAAAUAUCUGAAGGUAAAAGGCAAAGCCAUUGUAAAGAGACUUCCAAAACAAGCUGGGUAUUUUGUUGCACAUAUCUUGUGGAAGCUAUUUUAGUCAAAGAUUUAGAUUCAACUCCAAUUCUUAGUCUCUUCAUACUGUUGAGAGUAAUGAGAUGUUACCUGAUGCUACCUGUGUCCGUAGUCACCCAAAAAACAGACAGCUGAGGGAAUUGUUUCCAUGGUUGAUGGGAACAAUGCAUGAAGCUUUUUUUUAUUUUCCAAACUGUAAGAAAGAGCAGACAAAAUUACACCUCUAUCUUUGUGAAAGUCUAAAUCUCUUUAACAGCUUGUAGUAAUUCUUGUUAAAGUGUUUGGUGAGGUAGCUUUUGCCUUUCCAAAUACUGAAGAUGUGUUCCUGGUGGGUAUACCUGAAAUGGAAAUAAAGGCCAUUCUUCAUGUUAUUCAAGAUUAUACUUUUCCAGGAUGAAAAGUCAUGGUUAUUUUUUUUACUAUUUCACUGUAGGCUUUUGUGUUUUCAUUGGAAAAAACAUUCUCAAUGGAGUAAGUUGUUUGUUUUUUCCAGAUAUGUUAGUUGUAUUUUGUAGUCAUUUUUCCAAUCUGAGCAUUGUUUUCAACAACAAUCUGCUAUACUUCAUAUUACAGAUAAUUCCACUGUGCUGUUGUAGAUAAAUUAGUAAGAGAAGGUGUUGUAAGAAGGCAUUAUAUUUCACAAGUAGAACAUUGUGGAGGGAGAAACAAGGCAGCUGUUUGUCUUGUAAAUCAUAGCCAAUAAUGCCAGUUAUAGAUUUUAAGUGUUCUUCAGGCACCUGAUACAGAGUAGUGUACCAGCCAACACCUGUAGAAGCCAGCAGUGUCUCUGUGGUAAGUGCUAGGAAAACACUGAAGGCUUCUUUGCAGAAACGGUUUGUUUACCACUGAUGUUACUAAAUUCAUAAGAGGAAGUUUCUGGUACUCUUUCUGUUGCUCCUGUUUAGCAUCUGAACUUUGAUCUCUCUUUCUGGGAAAAUACUGAUGGUUGCCAGAUUGAUAGAUCUGAAUUCUCCUAAUGAAAUAUAGAGAUGUUAACGUUGAUUUUGUAGAAAGCUUGGGGUUAUACUUCUUGAUCUUGCAACUGAAAACUGGGAGUAAGGAAUGACAGCAGUAGAAAGCUACAUACCUCUUCUAAACUUUAUGGUCCUUUCCAGUCCUCACAGCCUUCUUUAUCCUUAUUGCUGCUUUCUGAUCUUACUCAUUUCUCCAGGGGGUGCAGGUGUAGUGGGCAGCUUGCACUGACCUACAUCUUGCCUCACUCCUCUGUCAGGCCUGCCUCCCAUUUCACCUUGCAGAUGCUCUGCCAGCUGUGGAGGUCCUGACUGGAGGAUGAAAAGUUACAUGGGAUGAGGCAGGGUGCAAGAAUCUGUUGAGCAAAUUUGAUUGUAUCAGUUGAAGAUAUCAUUUGCCUGUAUGGCCACAGAAAAGGUAAUUAAAAGACAGCUGGAAGUCAUCAUUUUGUAGAGACGCGUGUAGACUGCGGCUUGUUGUUUGACAGCAAUUUCUUGAUGUUGUAGUCAAUGUUUAAAGGCAAGCACUAGCCAGCUCCAUUGCAACUGUCAUGAUCAAAGAGCUCAGUUUGAUUUAAAUUAUAGCAGCUCAGAGAAUCUUUGGGGUCUGAGUAUUCCUGGACUUACUGAAGUAUAUUGUAGUGCUGCUCGUGUUGUAGGGCUCGGUCGCUGUUUAGUUGUCUUAAUGAAAAGACAACUACUGCAACUGCUGCAGAUUCUCAGAGUGAGCAUCUACCCAAGUGGCAUUUGGUUUGGGCAUUGUUGUUUUUUUGUUUUUAAAGAUACGUAUCUACAAAAGUUUUCAUUAUAGGAAAUUAAAUGCAAAAGCCUAUAAGCUGGUUAUAAUUACACAAUGUUGAUUUUAAUAGUUUUUUAUAUCUUUUUAUUGCUUACGAGGGCUUGAUUUCUAAACAAUCCAUACCACCUUAAUUUUUAAGGAGGACUUGAUGUUUUAUAAGAAAUACAUUCUUUGUGAAAUACAGUUCUGAGUGUAAUUUAGGGAGGUCUGACUCAAAAUAGACUUUUAAACCUACUUAGCCUUUCUGAUGAAGGAUAAGCAUUGCAGGGUUCUACAAAAGACAGUAGAUGGCCUGUCCCAGUAGCUAACUGCAAUCAAAUUUAGGUCCCCUGUGUCAGCAAGUGAUGAUAUUUGACUGUUGGUUCUCUUCAGCUACUGAGGGGCGACUGGCUGAGGCUUUAGGAGAGUACAGACCAUGCAGCUGAAAGUGCAGCCUUUUUUGUCUUGGAUAUCAAAACUCAGUUAUUUUGCUUUGCUGAUUAUGUAGCAAUUGACUUAUAACAGGUUUUGCUUCUAGCACAUUAAUAGAUACAUCACCUUGUUGAAGCAGACUUGUGUGGGUUCCUGACAUCUAGCAAUGGAUAAGUGUCUGCAGAUCAUCUGCUGAAACUGAUUUUCAUAGCAAACAAUAUGGAAGUUUGAGCCAAGUUCUCAAAGUAUGCUUUCCUUACAUUUUCAUGUAGCUGAACUUUAACGUAGGGUUUCUGAUUUAAGUGGGUUUUUUUGUUUGUUUGUUUGUUUG